AUUCAGUUGAGAACCAGUGACAGAGCUUUACUGAUAGUGCCGAUCCUCUGGGUGGAAUUACAAUGCUAAAAAAUACUGGAAAACUCGCUGGGAAGACAUUAUUCAUUACUGGAGCUUCCAGAGGAAUUGGCAAGACUAUUGCCUUGAAAGCAGCUCAGGAUGGAGCUAACAUUGUGAUAUGUGCUAAAACAGCUGAGCCGCAUCCAAAAUUACCGGGUACUAUUUACACAGUAGCGACAGAAGUGGAGCAGGCUGGAGGGAAAGCCCUACCAUGUGUAAUGGAUGUUCGUUUCGAGACGCAAGUGAGUGUUGCUGUGGACGAAGCCGUUAAAACAUUCGGAGGAAUUGAUAUUGUUAUUAACAAUGCCAGUGCCAUUUCCCUGACACCGACUAACUCGACGGAUAUGAAAAGAUAUGAUCUGAUGAACCAAGUGAAUAGUAGGGGAACAUUUCUCGUAUCAAAAACUUGUCUGCCUCAUCUCUUGAAGAGCAAAAAUCCUCAUAUUCUUAAUUUGAGUCCUCCAUUGAAUUUAAAUCCAAGAUGGUUUUCAAGUCAUCUUGCAUAUACCAUGGCGAAAUACGGAAUGUCUUUCAGCGUUUUGGGCAUGUCAGAAGAAUUUAAAGACGAUGGAAUUGCUGUCAAUGCUCUUUGGCCAAGGACUGCCAUUCACACUGCAGCUAUUGAGAUGUUGACUGGAAAGGAGAGCUGGAAUUAUAGUAGAAAACCAGAGAUUGUGGCUGAUGCGGCUUAUGCUAUUAUCACGAAGGACAGUAGAAGUUUCACUGGAAAAUUUAUGAUUGAUGAUAUGGUUUUGAAAGAGGAGGGGAUCACUGAUCUCACUCCUUACGCCUGCAAUCCAGAAUACAAAGACCGAUUGAUCCUGGAUCUUUUUCUGGACGAAGACAUCCCUCAGCAAUCCGAUAAAUCUCCAUCUGAAAACAAAUCGACUGGCGAUCGUAAUGUCGAAGUUCUCUUCAAAGCCAUUGAAGCCAAUAUAUCGCCAGAACUCGUGAAAAAUAUUGGAGCUAUUUAUCAAUUUAACAUGACAGGAGCGCAGAAAGGCACGUGGUUUCUUGAUCUGAAGAAUGGUAAUGGGGGUUUUGGUAAAGGCACAUCCAAUACUCCAGCCGAUGUUACACUCACCAUGGAGUCAGCAAAUUUCUUUGAUAUAUUCACUGGUAAAAUGAAACCAGCUACUGCAUUCCUCAUGGGUAAAAUGAAGAUUGAUGGUAAUCUACACAUUGCAAUGAAACUUGAGAAACUCAUGACCAGUCUCAGGGCUAAAAUGUAAUUGAAGCCCUGUUAGGAUAAUAUUUUUGUUCAUGUUGAAAUGGUUUGAUAUUAUUUUCUAUAAUAAUUGAUAAAUUUUUAAAGGUCUGCAUUGAAAUUUUACAUUCAUAUUUUGUAUACAAAUUUAUAUCAAUAAAAUACUACUUUAUACCACAUAA